CUAUAAAUAAGGGCCAGCGGCGUGCUCUCGUAGAGUGAUGGCCGCCGGCGCGCGCUGCGCUGUUUCUUCUCUAAGCGUCUGAGACGCCCGCGGCUGCUUCCGAGUGGGUGGCUAGCCCCUCCGUGUCGUUCCCCGGUGCUGCCGUCCCGGGCUGUGCGUCCGUGGCUCCAGCCUGCCACAGCCCCGUUCUCCCGGUCUCCGCUCGGCCCUCAGUCUCCUUUGGAUGAACUUGCGUCCUUUCUUUAAUCCGCCAUGGAAUUCUGCUCCGUGCUUUUAGCCCUCCAGAGCCAAAGAAACCCCAGACAACAGACGCCCAUACGCAGCGUAUAGCAGUAACUUCCCAACUCGGUUUCUGUGCCGUAGUUUACAGUAUUUAAUUUUAUAUAAUAUAUACUGUCUAUUAUUAUAGCAUUUUGAUACCUCAUUCCGUUUACACAUCUUGAAAGCCGCGCAGUAAUUCUCUUAUUAAUUAAAGAACCACUACACUAGAAAAUGGCAUCUACUGUGGCACCGAUUACUAGUACUCUAGCUACUGUUACUACUGCUGCUCCAUCGGUGGAUGACAAACUAUGGAUGCUCAUCCUGGGCUUCAUCAUUGCAUUUGUCUUGGCAUUCUCCGUGGGAGCCAAUGAUGUAGCAAAUUCGUUUGGUACAGCUGUGGGCUCAGGUGUAGUGACUCUGAAGCAAGCCUGCAUCCUAGCUAGCAUCUUCGAAACUAUGGGCUCUGCUUUGCUGGGGGCCAAAGUGAGUGAAACCAUCCGGAAGGGCUUGAUUGAUGUGGAGAUGUACAACUCAACUCAAAGCUUGCUCAUGGCUGGCUCCGUCAGUGCUAUGUUCGGUUCUGCUGUGUGGCAACUAGUGGCUUCGUUUUUGAAGCUACCCAUUUCUGGGACCCAUUGUAUUGUCGGUGCAACCAUUGGUUUCUCCGUCGUGGCAUCAAAGGGGCAAAGGGGUGUCAAGUGGUCUGAGCUGAUAAAAAUCGUGAUGUCUUGGUUCAUCUCUCCACUGCUGUCCGGUAUUAUGUCUGGAAUUUUAUUCUUCCUUGUUCGUGCAUUCAUCCUCCGUAAGGCAGAUCCAGUUCCUAAUGGCUUACGUGCUUUACCGAUUUUUUAUGCCUGUACAAUUGGAAUAAACCUCUUUUCCAUUAUGUAUACUGGAGCACCGUUGCUGGGCUUUGACAAACUUCCUCUGUGGGGUACCAUCCUCAUCUCGGUGGGAUGUGCAGUUUUCUGUGCCCUUUUCGUCUGGUUCUUUGUAUGUCCCAGGAUGAAGAGAAAAAUUGAACGAGAAAUAAAGUCUAGUCCCUCUGAAAGUCCCUUGAUGGAAAAGAAGAACAACUUGAAAGAAGACCAUGAAGAAACAAAAAUGUCUUUUGGGGAUGUUGAGAAUGGGAAUCCUGUGUCUGAAGUAGCAUGUGCCACUGGGCCUCUCCGGGCUGUGGUGGAGGAGAGAACAGUGUCAUUCAAACUUGGGGACCUGGAGGAAGCUCCAGAGCGAGAGCGACUUCCCAUGGAUUUGAAGGAGGAGACCAGCAUAGAUGGUACCAUCAAUGGUGCAGUGCAGUUGCCUAAUGGGAACCUUGUUCAGUUCAGUCAAACUGUCAGCAACCAGAUCAACUCCAGUGGCCACUAUCAGUAUCACACCGUGCACAAAGAUUCUGGCUUGUACAAGGAGUUGCUCCAUAAAUUACAUCUGGCCAAAGUGGGUGACUGCAUGGGAGACUCUGGGGAUAAGCCGUUGAGGCGCAACAACAGCUACACUUCCUACACCAUGGCAAUAUGUGGCAUGCCCCUGGAUUCAUUCCGUGCCAAAGAGGGUGAACAGAAGGGAGAAGAAAUGGAGACGCUGACAUGGCCUAAUGUAGAUACCAAGAAGCGGAUUCGAAUGGACAGUUACACCAGUUACUGCAAUGCCGUGUCUGACCUUCACUCUGAAUCUGAGAUGGACAUGAAUGUUAAGCCUGAGAUGGGUAACAGAAAAGGAAGCAGUGGCUCUCUUGAAGAGUGGUAUGAUCAGGAUAAGCCUGAAGUCUCCCUCCUCUUCCAGUUUCUGCAGAUCCUUACAGCCUGCUUUGGGUCAUUUGCCCAUGGUGGCAAUGACGUCAGCAAUGCCAUUGGUCCUCUGGUUUCUUUGUAUCUUGUAUAUACAACUUCAGAUGUGUCUACGAAGAUGGCAACGCCAAUAUGGCUUCUGCUUUAUGGUGGUGUUGGCAUCUGCAUAGGGCUGUGGGUUUGGGGAAGAAGAGUUAUCCAGACCAUGGGGAAGGAUCUGACCCCAAUCACACCCUCCAGUGGUUUCAGUAUUGAACUGGCAUCUGCCCUUACUGUGGUCGUUGCAUCAAACAUCGGCCUGCCCAUCAGCACAACACACUGUAAAGUGGGCUCUGUUGUGUCUGUUGGCUGGCUCCGAUCCAAGAAGGCUGUCGACUGGCGACUGUUUCGCAACAUUUUUAUGGCCUGGUUUGUCACCGUCCCCAUUUCUGGGGUUAUUAGUGCUGCUAUCAUGGCAGUAUUCAAAUAUCUCAUCCUGAAAGUGUGAGGCUGGGGUUGAAAUUUUUGUUAACAUCUGGGACCACCAUACACAUUCCUGUUCCUAGAAGAAUGCUCACAGUGUUGCGGAAAGAUAGACAAAGGGUUUAAAGUUUGGGAGCCAUGGGAGGGAAGUGUAACUUACACUAUAAUUGCUUUUGUGCUAAAUUAUGACUUGUCUCAAAAUUAGCUAUGUAAAAUAGCCAGGUUUCCAUUGGUUCAUCCUAAGGUCCCUUUCUUCUGGGCUAUGAAUUCCUGUACAUAUUUCUCUACUUUUGUAUCAGGCAUCAAUUCCAUUAUAUUUUAAUGUCUGUAAGAUAACGUAUGUGGGUUUUUUAAACAGCCAGGCAGAGCCAUUCAAUGGCACAAACCCUGCUUUGUUGGCCUCACCAGCUUCUUCCCCAACAUGCACAGGGAUUUAACAAACAUGUAACUGAAGCUUCCCUCGUAGUCUCUCGUAGAAAUAGUCACGGCACUCUGCCUCCCUGUCAGUUGUAGCAGGUUCUGUUGACGUAUGUGGGAACUUCUUAGAGGGUCAAGAAAUCUUUGGCACAGUGAAAAUAAAAGUUUAUUGUAACUUCUUUGCAAACAACUCCUGGACAUGUUGCUAAGAAGUAUAAAGACAAAGCCUCCUGGCGGUUGUGGGUAUUCCUUUUGAGAUUUUUGGCAGUGUGGGAUGGGUGAAUGAAGUGCAAUGUGAACUUUGGGCAAAUUCAAUGGGACAGCCUUCCAUGUUCAUCUGUCUACCUCUUAACUGAAUAAAAAGCCUACAGUUUUUAGAAAA